AUGGAUGGAUCAAGGGACACUGUGGGGUUUCUUAAAGUAAUUACUUUCUUUAGCAAGGAGCCCCGACAGAGUACGAGCAAUAGCGUGGUAGAUGAAAUGAUAACUGUUUCAGGCCACUUAACACCAUUCUUUGCUAAAGUUGCAAGCUGUAAAACAAAGCCCGAAAGUUUAAGUUUGAACCAUGACUCUAAAUUUGACACUGCUAAUCAGAUUCACUCUCCCAAGCUGCCAAAUACGAUACACCCUAUUUAUGCUAAGCAUAUUAUUAAAGUUGGCCGUGAGCCAGACAUAUGUGAUAUUGUUAUUAGUCAUGCUACUAUUUCAUUAGUCCAUUGCUUGCUAUGGUCUAUAGCAUUCGAUUCAGAAACCCCAGCUAUUGUAUACUUAAAAGAUGUUUCCAAAAAUGGAGUUUAUAUCAAUGGAGUUCUAGUGGGAAAAGGAAAUACCAGUAUGAUUCAAAGCAACGACAUUAUAGAAAUUACGAAAGCCAUCAAAAUGAUAUAUAUAUCAAUAGUUAAUUCUGAUCGCCUUUUAAGACAGAGAAUUCAACACUGGGAUAUCACUGAGAAUGUUAUCGGCUCUGGUUCGUAUGGAUCGGUUUAUGUGGCGUAUAAAAACAAUAACCCCAAAUGCUACGCUGUGAAAAUUAUAAAGGAAAGAAUGAAACCUGAUUUUAACUUUGGUCAUACAGAGAAACUUAGAAACGAGGUUGAAAUCUUGAUGAAAACCGAUCAUCCAAAUAUUAUUAAACUCCAUGAUGCAUUCAUUAUAAGAGAUACCCUUUACAUGUUUGAAGAUCUCGUCUGUGGUGGUGACUUAUUCUCAUAUCUUGUACAAGGAACAUCUUUGAGACCAAUUGGGGAGACAGAGACCAUAUUGAUUGUGUUUCAACUACUUAAGGUACUUGAUUACUUACAUAAUGACCUCAAUGUAGUUCACAGGGACCUUAAAUUAGAUAAUGUGUUACUACUGGCUCCGGUUCCAUGUACGAAAAUAUACCUUUGCGAUUUUGGCAUAGCUAAAUGCUUGAAAAGUCCAAAUCUGAGAGCAUCUACUUUAGUUGGAACGGUUGAAUAUAGCGCACCAGAAAUAUUUGGUACGACUUCUUGCUCAGAGCUCCCCAAACAUAGCUCCAUGAUACUGGAGACGAAUAGUUUCAAAACAAUAUCUUCAGAAGUUCAAGAUCUAAAUAUGGGAUACGAUUACAAAUGCGACAUGUGGUCACUCGGAAUAAUGAUCCACAUUAUGCUUUCUGGAAUUUCUCCUUUCUACUGCGAUGGAAAUAAUAUUAAUAUAAUUAAGACAGCUGGACAAGGAAUCCUCAAUUUAGACAGACCUGCCUUUGCUGGAGUUAGUAUAUCUGCUAAAAACUUUAUUACAGGUCUUAUUCGAGUGAAUCCUGAGAACAGGUUCAUGGCCAAAGAUUGUUUUAGACAAACGUGGAUCACAAGAAAUAGGGAAAACUUAGACCGAAUAUAUAAAGAAAAAAUUCUUGGAUUUAAUUAG